AUGUGGUUGGCGGGGGUGUCUGUUCACAGCACAGUGGUAGCCGCAAUGUCUCUCAAGGCCGACAGCGCCCUGGCAGCCCCAGAGGCAGCCGAGAGAACCGCUGCUCGGACGGGCUCCGUCGCCCUGCUGCCGGAGACUGGCAUCUACAUGCAGAAAGGAGGCGAGUUUGUGACGUGGGGUUCAGGGAUGGACCCAGCAUCGGGAUCUGAUGCGCAAGUGUGGUAUAUGCGCAAGUGCUCUGGAACUGACGCCACUGCCUGUUUGGGCUACGACAGCGCCUGGACGUCUACCACCAGUGCGCUGCUCUCGGGGGACGUGGUGGCGUGGCACAACAAGCAAUCAGGCCGUGUGUAUGACUGUGCACAUGGGGGGUGCACCUAUCAGCCCUACCCGCCGCCGGGCGGACACUGGGGAACACCGUACCGCAUCAUCAAGUUAUCCAUUGGCUUGCGGUUGGGUGGCUGCUCGGGGAUUCCUCUAUAG